AUGCCCUACACACCGUCUGGCUUCUUCUGUGACCGGUUGAUCCGGGAACGAGAAAGGAGAGACGGGGAAGGAUCUUUGAACAAACCGCUGCGAUUCAACGGCCAGGACUACAACACCCUGAGGCAGGAGUGCAGUCAGAGGAAGAGCCUGUUCGAGGAUGACUCCUUCCCGGCCACAGUGGAGUCUCUGGGCUUCAAGGAGCUGGGACACAAGUCCAACAAGGUCAAGAACAUCGUCUGGAAGAGGCCCAAGGAAAUCUGUGAAAACCCUCAGUUUAUUGUUGGAGGAGCCAGUAGGACAGACAUCUGCCAGGGAGAUCUGGGUGACUGCUGGCUGCUGGCUGCCAUCGCCUGCCUCACCCUGAAUGAGAAGCUCCUGUACAGAGUGGUUCCUCAGGAGCAGAGCUUCUCUGAGAGCUACGCUGGCAUCUUCCACUUCCAGUUCUGGCGCUAUGGAGACUGGGUGGACGUCGUCAUUGACGACCGCAUCCCCACCUUCAACAACCAGCUGGUGUUCACCAAGUCAGCGGAGAGGAACGAGUUCUGGAGCGCUCUGCUGGAGAAGGCCUACGCCAAGCUUCACGGCUCCUACGAGGCCCUGAAGGGAGGAAACACCACCGAGGCCAUGGAGGACUUCACCGGAGGAGUCACUGAGUUCUACGAGAUGAAGGAGGCGCCCAAGGAGCUUUACAAGAUCAUGAAGAAAGCUCUGCAGAGAGGAUCGCUCAUGGGCUGUUCCAUCGACGCUCUUGUUCCUGCUCGAUACGAGACCAGAACUGUGACGGGACUGGUGAAGGGCCACGCCUACUCUGUGACGGCGGUGGAGGAGUGUAAAGCGUCUCAACACAAGGAGUCCAAGGUCCGUCUGGUGAGACUGAGGAACCCGUGGGGUCAGGUGGAGUGGAACGGCCCCUGGAGCGACAAUUCUAAGGAAUGGGCCACGCUGUCCAAGGCCGAGAAGGAGAAACUACAGCAUCAGAACGCAGAGGACGGAGAGUUCUGGAUGUCAUUCGAGGACUUCAAGAAGAACUACACUAAGAUUGAGAUCUGCAACCUGACCCCUGACGCCCUGGAGGACGACAAGAUCCACAAGUGGACGGUUUCUGUGAACGAAGGCCGGUGGGUGAGGGGCUGCUCGGCCGGAGGAUGCAGGAACUACCCAGACACUUUCUGGACGAACCCUCAGUACCGCCUCCGUCUACUGGAGGAGGAUGACGACCCCGAGGACAACGAGGUCGGAUGUACAUUUGUGGUCGCUCUGAUGCAGAAGAACAGACGGAAAGAACGUAAGAUGGGCGCCAACCUCUUCACCAUUGGAUUCGCAAUUUAUGAGGUGCCAAAGGAGAUGCACGGGAACAAGCAGCACAUGCAGAAGGACUUCUUCCUGUUGAACUCGUCCAAGGCUCGCUGUAAGUCCUACAUCAACCUGCGCGAGGUGAGCCAGCGCUUCCGCCUGAGCCCCGGCGAGUACGUCAUCGUUCCCUCCACCUACGAGCCGCACCAGGAGGGCGAGUUCAUCCUCAGGGUCUUCUCUGAAAAGAGGAACACCUCAGAGGAGAUAGAGAACAGGAUCGAGGCCGACCAUCCGGUGCCGGCGCCGGCCUCGGCAGGGGAAGAGAGCGAGGAGGACCAGCAGUUCAGGACCAUUUUUCAGGAGAUAGCCGGCGAUGACAUGGAAAUAACAGCCAACGAACUGAAAAACGUCCUCAACAGAGUCAUCACCAAACAUAAGGACCUGAACACCGAGGGCUUCAGCCUGGAGAGCUGCAGGAGCAUGAUUGCUCUGAUGGACAUGGACGGGACGGGUCGACUCAACCUGCAGGAGUUCAGACAUCUGUGGAAUAAGAUCAAACAGUGGCAGGGAAUCUUCAAACACUACAACGCCGACCAGUCUGGAAGCAUCAACAGCUACGAGAUGAGGAACGCCGUCAACGACGCAGGCUUCCGUCUCAACAACCAGCUGUAUGACAUCAUCACCAUGCGCUACGCCAAUGAGAACAUGAACAUCGACUUCGACAGCUUCAUCAGCUGUCUGGUCCGCCUCGAAGCCAUGUUCAGGGCGUUCCAGGCCUUCGAUCAGGACGGAGACGGAACCAUCAGACUCAGUGUCCUGGAGGUAAGACUCAACAUGUCCACGCUUGGACUCGGACUUCACUCAAAAAUACUGAACAGGAUUACACCAGUCAGUCCAAAACAGUAA